AUGCCUGCCCGCAUUGCCCGCUCUGCUCCUCCUCGCAAUGGUAAUGCGAAUCGCCUGGAUUAUUCUCGCUCUCGCUCUCACCUCUCUAAUAACGACCGUGUUGACCUCUACCACAAAUUUUCUUCCGAAAAGCUUAAACAAACUGUGCACCGUCAGGUCGCAGGCGCGGAAGCUGCCAAGUUGGUCCAUGGACCAGUGGAUAUUGAUUCCUUUCUGGAAAUCGACUGCUUCCCUGGGAUGAAGGUUUGCGGCGUGAAGAACGAGAGAGUGGUCAAUAUUACCGACUUGCUACGCCAAGUCGACCCGACAAUUAUUGGAGCCAACAAACGGUCGGAACGACUGAUGUAUUCACCUCUGGCUGACGCUCUGAAUGAAAUCGCCAAGAAGGCCGUUACAGGCCGUCCCUUGCCUGUGAAGUUCGACGUUUGUGGAGACCUACGGCCGGCAGAGGAGAUUGGCGGUUUCCGAACUACACCCGACCUAUCCAUCCAACCACAGAGAAAACGUAAGAACAACGGUUCUUCGAGCGACUACUGGGCUCGCGGACUGGGCGUAAUAGAGGUGAAGGCCACGGAGCAAGAGGAUCCGUGGUACCAGAGGGUGUCGACAAGCGCGGGAGAACAUGAAUUCACCGAGGUGCAGUUGAAGACGUGGAAUCAGAUCCAGGAAUAUGCCGUCAUGGCGUACCGAGCCGUCCCCCGCUGCUUCCUCCUCGGCAUGGGUUUCUUUGGUGACGUCGUCCGUUUCUUCCGAUGGGACAGAUCGUCCGCCAUUGUCUCUGAUCCCGUAUACUAUAAACUCGACCCUACUCCGUUGAUCACAUUCGUCGUCGGCCUCGCCAAGUUUGCCAAUAGCGGGAUCGACAGGACGGCGCAUGCGAGUCUCAGCACCAAGGCUGAACUUGCGCUCGUUCACAGCUGCUACGACGAGGCGGUGCAUCUUGGGAUCCUGUUGGAGUAUACGCCACGUCGCGACGGAGACACCUUAGAUGGCGAGAGCACCCGCAUCGUAGUGGAAUCCCCACAGAAUCCCGGCCUACAUGAAAAUUUCAUUUCCAUCGGACGACCGAUGUUUUAUAGCAGGUCCAUCCGUGGACGUGGAACUCUAGUCUGGCUCGCGAAGAGAGCCGGCCGGAGCGAUGACGGUUUUGUUGUUAUCAAGGACACAUGGCGAAAUGAGAGUCGUUGGACGGAAGGGAAGAUUUAUAGGUCGAUAUACAAGGGGGCGGAGUCUGUUUUUGGCGUGGCCCGCUUCUACCACGACUUCGACGUCCCAGAUCCGGUUUCGAAGGAAAUGCCCUGCUGUACCGCUGCUGCAAGGCUGAACGAGGAAGGGACGGACCUCACCGAGCGCAUCCAUCAUC